UUUUCUUUUGCACAAAUGACUCAAGCGUGAUCGCACGGCCCAUGAGGCUGGCCGGGACUCGUCUGGAUGCCUUCCCUUCCUACUUUCCCUCUUUGCUUUGUGAGUGGGCGCUGAAAAGAAGGCAACAAAAACAGUCACUUUCAGGUGGAUUCUCCAACAACUUAUCCCACAGUGUCAGCACUGCUACAGAUGGACAAGGCAGGGAUGAAAAGAGGAAUUGUGAUAAAAGAUGAUUGGCCAGGCUACAGUCUGGACCUGUUCACCUACCCUGAGCACUACCACGACGACAUAGAGAGUGUUUACAUUCCACACGGAGUAAUCAUGAACAGGACAGAACGUCUGGCUCACUACAUCAUGGAUGACUUUCAGGAUGACAACAUAAUGGUGCUGUGCGUACUGAAGGGAGGCUACAAAUUCUGCGCCGAUCUGGUGGAGUUCAUCAAGAUUCUCGGCCGCAAUUCCAACAAGUACCUGGAGACGCGGGUGGAGUUCAUCCGUCUGAAGAGCUACCUGAAUGACCAAUCGACUGAGGACCUGCACAUUAUAGGAUGCCGAGAUCUGUCUUUUCUACGUGGAAAGAGUGUGCUCAUUGUUGAGGCCAUAGUUGACACAGGAAAGACCAUGAAGGCCCUUCUGAAGCAUGUAGAGACCUUUGAACCCAAGAUGGUCAAGGUUGCGGGGCUGCUGGUGAAGAGGGUCCCUAACAUGGCUGAAAGUCUGACAGACUACGUUGGUUUUGAAAUUCCCAACCGGUUUGUUGUUGGCUAUGCCCUGGACUACAAUGAAUACUUCCGUGACCUGAAUCAUAUCUGUGUCAUCAGCAGAACAGGAAAGAUGAAGUACAAGAUAUGAGAAGACAUAAAGCCAUUAGUUAUACACAGUUUUACAGCAACACUCAUUUCUCUCCCGUUGCUGUAACAACAAGUUUUUGCGUGACUGUUUAAUGAGCUUAAAUCUGUGUCUGAUAAAUAAUGUUGGUCUUCAUUACAGUUAAGGUGAACUGAACUUCUGGAAAGACACUGUGAAACGGUGUUACAUGAAUAAAAAGGUGUUUAAUUCA